CGCCUCAAACUCCGCCCUUUACUUCCAAGCGUCUUUUCAGGGAUUUCCUCCUCAAUGCGUGUCCAUGGCAACUCCCUGGCUCCUUCAGGCCGGAGUACGCUGCUUAGGUUGUCCUUUAACUGAGUAAAAAUUGGACUGCAAUUCCCACAGGCUCCCUGGUCCCGAUCUUGUUCCUCCUCUAUUUCCUAGAGUGCUCAGCGGCCGGAGACGAGUGUGGAUAUAGGAACAGAAGGGGAGGAGUCAGCACAGCCUUCUGGGAAACCGAGUCUUCCCUCUGGCGCGGGGGCUCCUGGGUGGAGGAGCUCGAGGAAAUUCUCGCGGCGCCGGAAGUUGUUACGAGGCGCCAGUGGGAGGAGUUGGGUGUGCGCCUGCCUCCGGGCGGGAGUCUCUUCUGUUAACUCGACGGCGGGCUGUCUUCAAAGGGAGACUCCCAUUCUGACCGAUCCUCCUGCUGCCGGACAUUCUGGGGGCUCAUCCAGCAUGGCCAGGGAGCCAGCCCUAGAAGGAAGGGAGUCUUCCUCCCGGCUCCCUUGUCUCUCCUGCAGCUCUGCCAGCCGGGAAUGUGGAGGGGAAGGAGAGGGAUCCUAAGUGAGAACCCCGGCCACUGAGUCCCGCUGAGUUCCAGUUGGCUGCCACCAAGGGAUGUAGCCAUGGACUUCACCUUGGAGGACUGGGAGCAGCUGGGGCUGGACCAGGGGGACCUGUUCUGGGACACGGCGCUGGACAACUACCAGAACCUUUUCCUGCUGAACCCCUGCAAACCCAAACUGACCUGUCCAGAUGGCGGCGAAGAGCUGGAGGCCGUGGCCAGGGAAAGCCCAGAAUCGGAGGGCCUUGCUCCUUACUGUUCACCCGGGAGGACAGGAGACAUCUGCACUUUCCCUCUCUCAGACGUGGCUGAAGUCAAGAACUGUCCUCUGGCACAAGACUUCUUGGAAGAAGGACUCUCCCAGGAGAUCAUGGAGACAUUGUCCAAGGAUGGCCUCUGGAACUCCAGUCUGGGGAAGGCCUGUGUUGGUGAGACUUGGUUAGAUAGUUUGCUGGGAGAUCCAGAAAGUCUUCAGAAGUCUGACGUUGUUGCCAACAAGGAAAGUCUCACAGAAUGCAGAAGUCCCCAACUCCAGAGAGACCUCGGUCCCGAGUCACUCCUUUCUGUGGGAGAGGAUUCUGUGAUGCUUGAUCUUCCUGAAAAGAGCCCAGCACCAGCUGAGUCUCAGGAACAUGGGACAGACUUUGGCUGUGACUUAGACCAGAGCCAGCAGAAUCCUGUCCCGGGAGGCAAGAAACUGUAUAAAUGUAGUGAAUGUGAGAAGAGCUUCAGUCAGAGUUACCAUCUUAUCCAGCACUGGAUCAUUCAUACUCGGGAGAAACCCGCUGUGCAUGAAGAGUAUGAGGAAGGUUUCAGCCAAAUGUCUUGCCCCUUUGUGCCCCUGACGACUGACACGGGCUACAAAACCUGCCCACAUGACGAGUGCGGGGAAGCCUGCAGUGAGAACACACAGCUGUGGGAUCCAAAAAUUCACCCUGGAGAAGAACCAUGUAAGAAUCAAGACAGUGACCCUCCAUCAGAUCUCGGCGUACAGCCUCCUGAGGACCAGAAACCCCAGACAGGUGAUCAGUCCUACAAAUGUAAUGAGGGUGGCCAGGGUUUCAGCCAAACCUCUCAUCUCACUCAGCAUCAGAAGACCCACACUGAGAAACACUAUGAAUGUGCCAAAUGCAAGGCGACCUUCAACUUGAUCAAAUACCUUCUCCAACAUCAGGAGACCCAUGCUACGGAAACUACCUCCGAGAGUCAGGAAUGUGGGAAGGGCAUCGAGCAGAGCUUGCUGCUCGUCGAACACCAGUCUAUUCACACUGGAGAAAAGCCUUACGAGUGUGACCAGUGCGGGAGGCUCUUCAGGAAUAUCUCAACCCUGAAGGUCCACCAGAGGGUUCACAGUGGAGAGAAACCUUACAAAUGCAAUGAGUGUGGGAAAGCCUUCUACCGGAGCACUCACCUUAAUGAACAUCAGAGGAUUCACACUGGCUACAGGCCCUAUAAGUGUCAUCAAUGCAUCAAGAGUUUCAGCCGGCCCUCCCACCUGAUUCGACACCAGUCUGUUCAUACCACAGGAAUGUCCUACUGCUGUGACAGAUGCAAGAAAACCUUCACCCAUCAUGAAUACCUUGUCCAACACCAGAAGAUGCAUGCUAUGGAGACCCUCCAUGAGUGUCAGGAAUGUGGCGAGCGCUUCUUCUGCAGCUCGACUCUAGCAUGCCACCAGAGCGUUCACACCAGAGAAAAACAAGGACUUGAUGAGAGCGGGAGUAUCUUGGAUCAGGACUCAGGACGGAGAGAACAUUCAGGGAUUGACAAGAAGCACUUUAAGUGUAACAAAUGCGAGAAAACCUUCAGCUGCAGCAAAUAUCUGACUCAGCACGAGAGGGUUCACACCAGAGUGAAGCCCUUUGAGUGUGACCAGUGUGGAAAAGCCUUUAGCAAAAGUACACAGCUCCUUCGCCACCAGAACAUCCACUCUCGAGCAAGGCCGUAUGAAUGUGGGGACUGUGGGAAGACCUUCAUCCGCAGCACUUCCUUCACAAAACAUCAGUCCACCCACAAGAGUGAGCACACCUUUACAUGUAGUGACUGUGGACAGACCUUCAGCCAAAGUGCACACCUCUCAGAACAUCAGUUAACUCACACCGAGGAGAAGAAACUCUUUAAAUGUAGCAAGUGUGACAAAGCCUUUCCCCAAAGUAACUGCCUCACUCAGCAUCAGAGAACUCCUGCUGGAAAGAAGUCCUUUGAGUGUGAUGAAUGCAGAAAAUCAUUCCAUCCGAAUUCAUGUCUUUCAGAGCAGCAGAGAGAUCACACAGUAUUUUCUUAACUAACCCACAGAAGCCAAGAAGAGUAUGUAAACUAACACCAAAUAGCUAGAACUUUGCUCUCCUGACUCUAGAACCUCACUCAAGGGACGCUCUCCACAUAACAUAUCACCUCUUCUUGUAAUUUUCUUCCCCGUUUAAAGUUGGUUCUGUGGUAUGAGACCUAGUGUGUGGUGGGAGUGCCCAGUAUGCAGCAAGCCCUGGCCUGGCUGUGAAACUUCUGGAAUCAAAGGGAAGCGGAUGGCCCCAUUUCCACAGAGAACCACCGUUCGUUGACAAGUGACAUCUUAAAAUGCCACAUUCCCUCCUGUCACAGCAAGUUCUGGGACCGUGAAGCGUUGCUGGAGAGCCCGGGGAGGCCCCGUCCUCCCUGCUGGCACCCGCAAGCCAGCUGCUCAGCGUCGGCCAGGCCUGUUCUCCAGCUAAGACACCGGGCACAACCAUGUGCCCUAUUGACGGCACCUCCUCAGCUCUGGCUUUUUGUGUCCCACCGAGUGGCCUGGUCACAUGUCUGCUGAAGCACAAAGAGAACUUUCUGAAGACACUGACACUUUUGAUACCAUUCAUAGUUUUGGUGCUAAAGAAGUUUAGGAGUAUGUGCUCUGAGUUCUUGAGCCUUUUCAACCUUGAAACUUGGGUGUCUGGGUGGCUCAGUCGGUUAAGCGUCUGGCUUCGGCUCAGGUCAUGAUCUCACGGUUCGUGGGUUUGAGUCUCAUUAUCAGGUGAGCUCAUGCCCCACUUUGGGGGAGCCCAGCAUCUCACCCCCCACCCCCAACCCCUUGCUCACUUGUGCCCACUCCCUCUCUCUCAAAAAAAAAAACAAAAACCAAGAAACAAAAAUCCUUGCAUUUUGAGCUCUGCUGGUUGGUUUUGUUGUUGAAACUGGGAACUCACAGGCUCGCCUCUGGGCCCACACCACAGCACAGAGCAUAUUGGUUUUCAAAGGGCCAAAACACUGAACUCCCUGCACGGUCCCUGCCGUCAGAUCGCUGUGUCAUCUGGGCGACAGGCCUGUUCUGUACCACAGGGCAGGCCAGAGGCAGGAACCCAAACAGAUAAGUUUGUUCAACGAGAGUUUUGACACCAAAGAUGGGGGUCAGACGUCCUGUGGGAAAUCGGCAGCCACGGUGGGCGGGCUCUGUAACCACUGACCUGUGUGCUGUGGGCUGGCGGAGGGAUGACUCGUGUGUAUGUGUUGGUUUGCUGAUUAAAGUUUUUGAGUUGGUA